GAAAUCCACCAAUUUAUCUCGACGUAAAUGACACGUGGAUUUUCGCCGUUGGCCAUACGUAAAUAUAUUGCCACCUACCCAGGAGAAUACAAUGAAUGUUAUGGUAGACACGAGUACCUCAAGAUGUGUCAGCGUGUGAAUGGUCGGUGCUUCCUUUCCGUAACAAUGUAACAAAUUUGGAAUGUGGUGUGAUGUUUCCUGAGCGAAGUAGUUGAUCUUGACGGAAUACAUGAAGACAUCUCUGUUUUAGGAAAAUGGAUUUACGAGUUUUGUACAUACUUGUAUUUUUGGUAUCAGCAGUCACUUGUGAUCUCCUCAAUACUGCGAAAAAGAAUCAUGUAAAUCUUCCACCAUGUGAUGUGUGCAAGGUGUUUGUAAACUCGUUCAAGAAGGGAAUUGAGAGGACAUCACGUGGUAAUUUUGCAGGAGGAGAUACUGCUUGGGAAGAGGAAAAAUUAGGAAGUUAUUACAGAAGUGAAGUACGAUUAGUGGAAAUUCAAGAGAAACUGUGUUUGGAUGUACAAGAAGGAGAAAGUCAAUGUCAUACCCUAGCUGAAAAUUCUGAGUACCAUGUGGAACAUUGGUGGUUUAAGAAGCAGGACGAAGAGCCUGAUCUGGAGAAAUUUCUCUGCAUAACUGCUUUGAAAUUAUGUUGUGAACCUGGACAAUAUGGUUCUGAAUGUGAUCCUUGCCCUGGCUACCCUGAUAACAUAUGUGGUGGUAAAGGGAAUUGCAAGGGUUCAGGAACACGAGAUGGAAGUGGUCAGUGUGUUUGCAACACUGGAUAUGCUGGGAAGCUGUGUGAUCGGUGUGCAGUAAAUUAUUUUAAUACUAGUGACAAGGAUGACAAAAUUUCUUGUUCCCCAUGCCACAAAUCAUGUCAGUCUGGAUGUACAGAUGGCUCUCCAAAAGGGUGUAAAGAUUGUAAACCAGGUUGGCAAAUGGAGCCAUCCGUUGGCUGUGUGGAUAUUAAUGAGUGUAAAACCUCUAAAAAUGUAUGCCAAAGCAAUGAAGUGUGUAUCAACAAUGAAGGAUCUUUCAUUUGCCGAGAUAUCGCUCAUCUUGGUCGUAAAGAUCCUGGUAAGUGGGUACGAUAUGUGACCUAUGCAGGUUUCAUUAUCGCCACUGGUGUGUUUCUUCGCAAAAACUUGUUGCUUGGCAGCUUGAUUGGAGUCAUAGCUGCUGUAUAUGUGUCUGCUUCUGAAAUUAUAAUGAAUGAUGUAAUAGAUAUCCCCAAAUGGAACUUAAAAAAUUGGUUUAGCCAAUCAUGAUUGAAUUAUUGCAUAAAUAGGCAAUCAUCUGAUACCACAGAUCUUUAGAACUUGUGUUAAUUUAUUUGGGAUAAAAUCCACAGAGGAAGAAAACUUCUUUUUUUGAAAUAUAAUGAAUGAAAAAGGAUGUUUGAGAAGAACAGUUGCACAAGAUGGCACAAAUGAGGAUGAAUUGCAUUUACCGUGAAGUGGGACUACAGUACAAUUAAUGGCGUGUUGUGAUAUUUAUUUGUGAUAUACAGGCAUCUUUGCUUGACCUACUUCUGUGUGAUCCAGGUUUUAAAUUGAGAAGUGAAUAAAUGUUUUGAGAAAGCUGAAAAUAUUGUAUAUUUAGCCCAUGGGGUCAAUAAAUGUGUUUAAAUUAGCCAUUUUGUAUAAUUAAUUUUCCCUUCCAUACCCCAUUAAAAAUAAAUAUUUUGUGUUUUAUACAUUCAAUAUCACAAAUAUGAUUAUAUGUUUAUAGCUAUUGUAAAUUUUUGUGGUCAGGGUCUGUAGGGAAAAGUGCUGAGAAAAAAUGAAGAAAUGAACAUGGAAAGUAAUGAAAUUAAAAUCUGAUACAUUCCUUGAAAGCAACCUUGUGUUUUAUCCCAGGAAGAAUCCACAUUUUAUAGGUAAUAACCCUGGGUAAUAGUGAUGUAUACAGCCAUUCUGAUUGCUAUGUUACUUCCUGGGCCAAUUCUGAACCCAGCCCAGUGAUCAGGAAGUUACUAUAUGAAUGUACAAUACUAAUCAUCUGUUUGAAACCAGGCUUUCUUCAGGAAGUCCAGUUUGAUAGAUACUUAACUCUAGUGAAAAUAUGUGGUGUACUAAGGACAACAAGCUCUCGUUAAGAGGAAUGCAUACUGUGUAAAUGUUCCUAACUGUUUUAACUGUUAAAAUAUCGUACUUCAUGGCUUCACACCACUUUUAUGUUUAUUCAGUAGAAUAAUGAAACUUCUUGGCUAAAUAGACACAUAAGUAGAAUUCCCUCUCAGAGAUUUAUAGAAAACUUGUGGAAUUUAGUAUCAACAGGAAUAGACGCGACAGGAUAGCAAAUAUUUGCUUGUGUGUUCCACUUUUCUGGACAACGUAAAAAACCUGAAAUAAAAAAUUGUCAUUUUGUUGUAAUUGAACAAUUUAUUUUGUUAACAAUUAGUAGAUAGUGAAAUUCUUUUGCUGAAUAGGUCACAUUUGAAUUAAAGUUUUUGUAAAAUAGUGAAUUAUAACAUCUACCUGCAAUUUUCUAUAUUGAUUCUGAUGUUUGAGGAAGACUGAAGUGAUAUGUAUCGUCUAGAAGAAGGGAAAGAAUCGUCUCAAUUAAUCAAAGUUUUUAUAGAUAGUUAUUCCAAGGUAAUGUAGUUUUGUUAAUGACACUUGUGAUUGUAACUUCAAUACUGUUUUAUUACCUCUGAAGUUUUCUUUAAAUAAAAUGUAAAAUGCAGAUAAUUAUAUUUAAAUUGAUUACUACUUUGUUACAUGUUAAGUUUGUACACUAAUGAACCCCAGUGUGACUAAGUGUUUCCUUUUUAACUUCACCCUUAUUCAGGGAUGAUCAUUAUUGUCAAGCCUGUAUGUAUUCAAAAGCAUAUUAUAGUACUGUUAUGAAAAUCUCUACUUCAUAAUAUCCUUGUUUCAUAAUUAUACACAUAUGCCUUCACAUGCAUCAUAAAAGGAAGUCAAUGAUGAAAUUUAUAAUCCACUCAAGUUCACUUUUGGGUGGAAUGACCCAUAUAUUCUUA